AUGACCUUCGCCCCGAUCACCUCGACAUUCUCUCGCUUUUUCCGGCCCUUCUCAACCAGCGCGCCCGUCCGCUCGUUCCCGCAGGAGACACAGUCACGCAACAUGUCCAACACCGAGCAGGCGACUCUCGCAGCCGGCUGCUUCUGGGGCGUCGAGCACCUGUACCGCAAGCACUUUGGCGGCAAGGGUCUGCUUGAUGCGAAGGUUGGCUACUGCGGUGGCAAGACUUCUUCGCCCACCUAUCGCGCUGUCUGCAGCGGGAAUACCGGCCACGCCGAAUCUCUGCGAGUAACCUUUGACCCCUCCCUCGUCAGCUACCGCCAGCUCCUCGAGUUCUUCUACCGCAUGCACGACGCCUCAACGCCGAACCGACAAGGCCCCGACGUGGGGACCCAGUACCGCAGCGCGAUCUUCACACACGGACCGGAGCAGCAGAAGAUCGCGGAGGAGAUCACCAAGAAGGUGAGCGAGCAAUGGUACAAGAAGCCUGUGUCGACGGAGGUCGUGCCGGCAGGUCAGUGGUGGGAUGCGGAAGAUUACCAUCAGCUGUACCUGCAUAACAACCCGGCUGGAUAUGAGUGCCCUGCGCACUUCGUCCGCGACUUCCCUCCUCUCUCUUGA